UAACUGGUUUAAAAAUUAUUAAAUAAAUUUAAAAAGAAUUUUGCUCGAUUAUCAAAAUGUCUAGUAUAACAUACUUGUGAUUUAUCUUUUUGCUUAAAAUUUGAUGUUGACUUGAAAAAACGGCAAAGAAGCAAUGAUCCAAAAUAAAAAUAAUGGCCUGCUUUUCUUUAUUGCUCUGGCGAGCUAUGGAGUUUCUAAAAUUUCUGCUGAAUUAAACGAAGAUAUAAUACGUAAGCUAAGAGAGAAUAAUAGCACUAAAUUAUCGAGAAUUCGAAGAUAUUUAGUUUUCCCAGAGAGCAGUUCGUUUUUAGUAAUUUUCGAUCUGACCUAUCCGGCUUUGGCUAUUCAGGGGAACGCCUUUAUGUUUGGACAUACAGCAGCAUUGUCAUGGGAGUUACCUUCUACACCAAUAUUUCUAAAUAAAACAUUCCUCAGUAAGGAGAAAAUCACAACUACUACAGAGUCACACUUGGAGCAUAUUGAUUACCAACCUACAGGCUGGAAUGUCCCAUUAGUUUGGAACUAUCCCGAUUCGGAAACCAUGUAUGACUCACAAUGGCAAAACAAUUAUGACUUUAGGCACACUUAUAAAGAUCCAUCUCUCAAUAAAAUGUAUAAUCCCUCAAACUUUUGGCGACGAGCAAGUUAUUCUAAAAAUCCCUUGAAUCCCAAAUAUCCUCGUAAAAUCGUUAGAACUGUGGCACAUCACAUACAAAGGAGAAGCAGACGGGAGUUGUACAAAAGGAUAGAGAAGUUACUCUCAGCGUUAAGCAAAGAUGGAAAGCAGUGUGUGUUAAAAGCCAUAUGUCAAGUGUAUCAACUACCAAAGAAAAAAGGAAGUAUGUGGCAGGAGAUUUUAAAAGCAAUUUUUAGAGCUAAACAUCAAGAAUACCCGGACGAAGAUAUCUAUGAUAGGGCAACUAAUAAAAACCACAACUGUGACCAACUAUAUCCAAACUGCGAUGGACAUGUUUUAAGUAAUUUAUUUAAAAAUAAACUGUAAUUAAUAAAAUAUUAAUUAAGCUUU